AAAAUAAUAAUUACAAUAAUUAUAAUUAUAAUGUCUUUGUCUCCUUUCCUUCCUCAUGCCCUCCACCUUUUCUUUGUAAAGACCAAAUUCAACUUCUGAAACUGAACUCACAAUCAGUCCCUUCCCUCUUAUCCCUCUCUCUCUCUCUCUCUCUCUCUCUCUCUGAAAGGAUCAUCAGACUCAUUCAGGAUCCAUGAGGUCCAAAACUCAGUCUUCUCCCAUUAACAUCAAGCUCAUUAUCCUCUGUUUUUUCUUCCUCUCCAUUUUUCUCCUGGUUGUUUGGUCUAAUUUAUCUUCUCAAUCAUCGAAAUCAUCACCUGUACCAGAAGCCCACCUAUCAAAUUCAACAAUCUUGGACACUGAUCAAGAACAAGAAUCAUCAUCGACAGCAGCUCCUUCCUGCCCGUCAAUUCCCUUGACUUGCACCAAAACCCCACCUUCCUUAGCCAAUGCUUUAGUUCACUAUGUUACAACAAACAUCACUCCACAACAAACUCUUAAAGAAAUCUCCGUCACAUUAAGAGUCCUGGAGAAAAAAUCACCAUGCAACUUCCUGGUCUUUGGUCUAGGCCAUGACAGCCUCAUGUGGACAUCUCUCAACCAUGGUGGCCGUACAGUUUUUCUUGAAGAAGACAAGUCAUGGAUUGAACAGAUCAAAGCAAAACAACCCAGUUUAGAAUCUUACCAUGUGACUUACGAAACAAAAGUGCAUCAAGCAGAUGGGCUAAUGGAGACGGGAAUGGGAGAGGAAUGUAAAGCUGUAAGUGAUCCCAGACUCUCUUCCUGUCAACUCGCGCUCAAAAGUUUCCCUAGUGAUGUGUACGACACAGAAUGGGACUUGAUAAUGGUGGAUGCGCCAACUGGGUAUCACGAUGAGGCGCCGGGGAGGAUGACGGCGAUUUACACGGCGGGAUUAAUGGCUAGGAACAGAGAAAAUGGAGAAACUGAUGUGUUUGUUCAUGAUGUUGAUAGAGUUGUGGAAGAUAAAUUUUCUAAAGCGUUUCUUUGUGAAGGGUACUUAGUUGAGCAAGAAGGAAGGUUAAGGCAUUUCACUAUUCCUAGCCAUAGGGCUCGUUUGGGUAGACCCUUUUGUCCUUAGAGUUUGCCUUCAUUCCUCUCCAAAAAACCCACAAUUUCCGUCCUUUUUCUUUCCAACUUUUUUUGGGUAUUAAUAUUUUUUAUUUUCUCAUAUAAACUACAAGGGUAAAGGGUGAAUUUUUUUAAUUUUUUUUUUUUAUAUUGGUACCUAAUUUCUCCUUUGGAUCAUGAGCAUGACUAUAGUGAGUUUCAUUACUCUUUUUUUA